AUGAUUACCAGACGAAAUUCCUCGAACAGGUGCACUUCUGCUGGCAGAAUCACCGCGCAACUGCUUUUAUCGUUUCUGGCCUUCUCUGUCGCCCCCACGGCUGCCAGCGCCCCGCACGACAACAACGCCCAUGAGCAGUUUGUCCUUCCGCUACCACAGGCUCCGCUGGGGCCGCUGAAACCCGAACCACCCGCUCCGGCCGGGCAUACAUUUACACUCCGUCACAUCUACCACCACGGCACACAUAAGCAUCCUCGGCUACACAGAAAACAGGAUGUGCAUCAACAAAAGGCCAGCAUUUGGCUGUCCGCCGAGGAUGGGUUUGACAAACAUCCCUUGCCUGUGUUGACCGCCAGGAGUCGACCCGGAAAUAUAGAGAGGCUAGUGGACAGACGUCCGUCAGUCGUCGAGCCGAUGGUGGCCCAGGCAAGGGAGAGGGGCUUUGUCUCAGUACUCUCUGCUGAUGCGUGGACCGUCGAUGCCGUGUCGACGCCGGAUGUGACAGACAGAGACACGGUUGUCAACCUUGCAUACAUGGCGGCGAACGCCUAUGUUGAGACUCCCGACCUUCCGGACUGGGAAGAAGUUGGAGAGUCAUUCAACAGAAGCGCCGAUUUUGGAUGGGAGUCCGAUGGAUUGCGGGGGCACAUAUUUGCUGAUGAGAACAACUCGACCAUUGUCAUCGGCCUUAAGGGUACGUCGCUGGCUGUUUUUGACGGCGAGGGCACGACGACCAACGAUAAAGAGAACGACAACCUCUUCUUCAGCUGCUGCUGCGCCCAACAGGGGCAGUGGACGUGGCGUCAAGUCUGUGACUGUGCGACCUCGUCAUAUGCAUGCAAUGUUACCUGCGUGUCGCAGUCACUGCGGGAGGAAAAUCGUUAUUAUAUGGCAGCCCGCGAGCUAUACUCGAACGUCACGGAGUUGUAUCCAACCUCCAAUAUAUGGUUGACUGGACACAGUUUAGGCGGGGCCGUCAGCUCGUUCCUGGGUCUCACCUACGGUCUCCCAGCCGUCACGUUCCAGGCCGUUCCGGAGGCGCUUGCAGCGGGUAGGCUUGGUCUUCCAGUACCUCCAUCUGGAAAUCCUGAGCUUCCACAGACCAGGGAGAAUACCGGCGUCUAUCAUUUUGGACACACUGCCGAUCCUAUCUAUGUGGGCACCUGUAAUGGCGCAACCGCAUCCUGCUCAUACGCCGGCUACGCAUUAGAAACCAAGUGCCACGCUGGGCAUGAGUGCAUAUACGAUGUUGUAGCAGAUAAGGGCUGGCGAGUUGGCGUUGGGACACACAAAAUCCGCACAGUCAUCAACGAUGUCUUGCUUAAGUACGACGAAGUGCCCGAGUGCAAGCUCACACCAAAGUGUCGAGACUGUGAGCUCUGGAAGAUGUACGAAAGCAACGGAACGGAGAGCACAACCACAUCAAGCUCAUCAACAACUUCAAAGACGAUGACUCGGACUGAGACGUGCAAGACUCCAGGCUGGUGGGGUUGCUUGGAUGAAACGACGACGACGACAUCGACGACGAUGACAACGACAACCUCAUGCACCACAACAACUUCAACAACCUCGACGUGCAAGACCCCGGGAUGGUUUGGCUGCAAGGACAAGACAACGUCUGCUACAACCACAAGCACCAGCAGCAUACCCACAGCCACUACCACGUGCGAGACUCCGGGCAAAUUCUGGGGAUGCAACGAUAAGACAACAACGACGGAAGCCAGCCAUACGCCGACUCCUACUCCUACACAACAUCCUAUCACUGCGCCGCCGCAAGGACCACCAGCGGCAACUUCUACGCCAAGCUCGGAGCCGAUUUUUCCCACCAAGCGCAACUGUGGAAUUUUUGGCCUGGUGAACAUGGCUACGGACCUCGAAGUCCCCACCGAGGCGCCACCGCGGCAUGCAUCACCCUCCGACAGCGACAGCAGCGAUGACCAUGACGCGGACGACAGUGGAGGCGGUGCAUCGGCUGCCGACUCGCCGGUGGAAUGGCUGGCCACUGGCCGAGCACGCAGGUCCACGGCCGGCAACCGCAUGAAAAGCAUGAUCGCACAGGAGGCGGCAGCAGCCGGCGUGGGUGGCGACGAGGGCGACUCGGACCUCGAGCUCCUGUUUGCCGAAGCGGACGAUGACGAGGGCUUCAGCGACAACGCCGAACGGGACGACGGCUCUGAUGCACAGAUGGACUCGAGCUCGGACGAUGACGACGAUGCCAAGGAGGGUGACGACGAGCUCGAGGGGGAGAAGGAGCUGGAGAGGAUCGCAAAGGAGAAGCGCGCGGCUGCGAAGAAGCGAAAGGCACAGCAGGCAAUACCGGCAAAGUUUCGCAAGCGUGUGCGCAUAGAAAGCACCCCGUCGACACGGGCCGGGUCUGAGCAGGCGGCACAGUCGUCAUCACAUCAUCUGCCUAGGCGGCAGGUUGUCCCUGCGCCUCCUCCGCGGCCCAAGAAGAAGAGCGAGCGGACGAGCUGGCUUCCAAGUGCAUCGGAUAUGCCAACGCGAGCAUCGGAGCGGUCGACGACACGGAUGAGCAAGGAGCAGCUGCACCAGCAAAUGGUGGAGCGAGAAGUCAGGCGGAAGAAGCAGCUAGAGCAGCAGGAGAAAAAGGCGAAGCGGCUCGAGUUGCUGAAGAAGCCGCCUAUGACACAGGCCGAUAGGCUACGCGAGGCGGAGCUGGUGGAGAAGCGCAACUCGAAGAGUCUUAACAGAUGGGAAGAGGCCGAGAAGCAGAGAGAGGAGGAGCGGGAGCGCAAGUUGGCUGCGUUAUACAAUCGCACCUUGGAGGGCCCUGUUGUCACGUUCUGGACCGGCAUCAUGGAGCUUAGCGAGGGACAGAUGAAAAACGUGGGAAGGAUGGUUGCAAUGGAGGAGAAGGCACCACGGAGAAAGAAGCAGCCUGCCGCCACAGCCCCGGCCGCAAGUAUAUCCACAUCCACGGAGAAAGAUCCGGCUGCUGCGCCCAGUACCGCAGUGUCUGCAGCCACCGCCACUGAGGUUGCCGCCGACCAGCAGAUGAAAGAUGCACCCCCGGUGGCGACCGAGCAGACUGAAUCCGCCGAAAAACCGAUCGCAACGCCAGCGUUGGCGGCUCCUGUUUUCCACCAAGCUGUUUUUCAACCGAUUGACCUUCCAACAGAAAAGGUACCUGCAGAGGCUACAACAACUACCCUCCCAAGUAGCGUGCUAGCUCCUCCUGUGAGCAUGAUGGCGCCUCCAAUGGGUGCUGUUAAAGGUCCAAUGCAGAUGCCGGGUCUAUCGACUAAUUCAGGGGGCGUGUCGAACGUCCUCGCUCCUCCAAAUUCCUCGCAAGGAGAAUCAUCUCUGGUGCCUCCUACCUUACCUCCUCCAACCUCAACUACUGCGGUCACAGAACCCGUGCCCAAAAAGACAGAAACUACAAUUAUACACCCACAAACAACGCAGCCGCCACCCCAAUUACCCCCAAAAUCUUCCUCGCAGGCCCCAAAGACAAUAUCCACCCAAAAGGCGGAACAAGAUCCGUCACCAACCAAGGAUCAAGAUCCAACUGUGGCCAAAACGGAACCGGAGUCAAGUGUGAAUGGGAGGGUUACCCGGAGCUGCAUUGUACUGCAGAACUUUGACGAAGAAGCAAUCAAGGAUAAGACGGUGCAAACUCAAAUUCUAUUCGGGCGGAAGUUUACCAAGCUUGCCAAGCCUGGUCAUGCUCCUCACUGCGUUAUCACGAACCAUUUGGCAAAGUACAGGGAUCCCAAGACGGGCCUGCCAUUCGCCAACAUGAAUGCGUACAAGGCGAUCCGUCGGUUGACAGAAGGCAACUACAAGUGGAGUAGCAUUCUGGGGACGUGGGUCGGUACCGGGGAACUUGCCGCAAAAGGCGUGCCGAACCGCUUUCUUCACGGCGGACCAAAAGAAGAGAGCCCACCGCCCCCCACCCCUGAAGCCCAAACUGCCAGCAGCUUGCCAGCCGUGCCACCCCAUCCUGCAGAACCCAAAGUAUUGCCCGCCACUCCCGCACAAGCAGCUAAGGAAGCCCCAAAUAUACCAUCUGCCCAUGGGUCAGUACCAGGGGCGAUACCUGCACAGGCCCCUGUGACUUCCGUUGUCAACCACUCAUCUUCGAGUGGUAAUGUAGCUACAACAAGCAUAGGUACUUCUCAUAUGGGUGUCGAUACUCAAACUGUACCUCCUCUGCGGCCCGUCUUGUCGACGCCAACGACGAAGGUCAAUACAUCGACUGCGAAGGCUCCGCCAAAAAUCACUCCUCAACCUGGACCGGCUACUAGUGUAUCUUUGCCCACGCCAGCACCAAAGCCUCAGCUUACAUCAAUACCAAAUGCCACCGCAACACCACCCUCUAUGCUUACGAAUCCAGUCCCGAAACAACCUGAGCCAAGCCCAAUACCGAUAUCCACUGCUCCCGCUCCAGCGACCGGCUCAGAUGUAGUGUCUUCUGGUCAAUCUUGA